AUGAGCAACAUUCCAGAUGAAUUAUAUGCCAAUCUCGGCAAGUCCGGCCUGAAAGUCUCGAAGGUAAUUGUGGGAUGCAUGUCCUACGGUUCAAAGGACUGGUUUGAUUGGGUUCUCGAUGAUGAAGAUAAAGUGAUGGAAAUCUUGAAGCAAGCCUACGAUAGUGGUAUCAGAACAUUUGACACUGCUGAUGUCUACUCCAAUGGUUUUUCCGAGGUUUUGAUCGGAAAGUUUCUUAAGAAAUACAAUAUACCAAGAGAUACUGUGGUGAUUCUAACCAAGUGUUUUAACUUCAUUGACAAAGAAUUUAAGUACCCGUGGCGCCAGUAUCCGAAGUUUGAGGGUAUUAAUCGCUCAGGUCUUUCGAGAAAGCACAUUAUUGACGCUGUUCAAGACAGUAUGGAGAGAUUGGGAACUUACAUCGAUCUUCUGCAGAUCCACAGAUUUGAUCCGGAUACCCCACAAGAGGAAACGAUGCGGGCCUUAAAUUACGUUGUUGAGCAAGGCUGGGCAAGAUAUAUUGGGGCAUCUUCGAUGAAGUGCUACCAGUUUGCGACAUUUCAGUUCAUCGCCGAGAAGAAUGGUUGGGCUAAGUUCAUUAGCAUGCAAAACUAUUACAAUCUAGUUUACAGGGAAGAGGAGAGAGAGAUGAUUCCAUACUGCAAGAAAACAGGUGUCGGUAUCAUUCCAUGGAGUCCCAUUGCCAUGGGUAUUUUAGCCAGACCUCUUGAUGUAGAUCUGGCUACCGAUAGAAGCAAGUCGACGAUGGUGACUAACAUAAAGAAUUCGUUGACUGCCAAGGACAAGGAAUUGAUUGGAAAAGUUGAAGCACUGGCGAAUAAGCAUAAUGUUGCUAUGGCUACAAUCUCAACAGCCUGGGUAUUGUCCAAGGGUUGUUUUCCAAUUAUUGGUUUGAGUAAACCCAAAAGGAUCGACGAUGCUUUGGCUGCAAUUUCCUUCAAACUGACAUCCGAGGAGAUUGAGGAUUUGGAAAGUUCUUAUGAAGCCAAGCUCAUCAGCACCUUUGGCGUUUAG